GAGAUAGAGACCUGGCGGGUUAGUUUUGUCAGUGACCUGUGAAUCUGCCAAACUCUAUGCCCUCUUGGACCUCAGCUCCCUCGUUGGUCCACACAAGGGAGUAGCAGUUCAAUCCCAAUGUGCAAUGUCCCUUUCAGCAAAGGGGGAUCGCUGUCCUCCGAGUGCCCCCGACUCACAGCCGCCCCUUGCGCCACUCCCUGGUUCUUCCGCUGCCCCGCGCCGGCUCUACACACCGAAGCCUUUAAGCUGAGCCCGCCUGGCGCUAACUAAUGUUUAACUCGGGCCGAAACUUGGCGGCGAGCGCAGGGUGACUGCGUACAGAGCAGCGGCGCAGGACGUCCGUCUCCGGGCGCGGUAAUUUGUGCUUGCGCUCAAACCUCAGAGCUCAGUUCAGAGGAGCCGCCCGACCAUGAAGACACCGUGGAAGGUUCUCCUGGGACUGCUUGGUGUAGCUGCGCUUGUCACCGUCAUCACUGUGCCACUGGUUCUGCUGAACAAAGAUGAUGCAGCAGCUGAUAGCCGCAGAACUUAUUCACUAGCUGAUUAUUUAAAGAAUACUUUUAGAGUCAAGUCCUACACCUUGCGAUGGGUGUCAGAUUACGAAUACCUCUACAAACAAGAAAACAAUCUCUUGCUAUUCAAUGCUGAACACGGAAACAGCUCCAUUUUCUUGGAGAACAGCACCUUUGAAGCCUUUGGAGAGUCUAUAAGUGAUUAUUCGGUGUCACCCGAUGGACGGUUUGUUCUCUUAGAAUACAACUAUGUGAAGCAAUGGAGGCACUCCUACACAGCUUCGUACAGUGUUUAUGACCUGAACACAAGAAAGCUGAUCACAGAGGAGAAGAUUCCAAAUAAUACACAGUGGAUCACAUGGUCACCAGAAGGUCAUAAAUUGGCAUAUGUUUGGAAGAAUGAUAUUUACGUUAAAAUUGAACCAAAUUCACCUAGUCAGAGGAUCACAUGGACAGGAGAAGACGGUGCAAUAUGUAAUGGGAUAGCUGACUGGGUUUAUGAAGAGGAAAUCUUCGGUGCCUACUCGGCGCUGUGGUGGUCUCCAAACAGUACUUUUUUAGCAUAUGCCCAGUUUAACGACACCGGAGUCCCACACAUUGAAUACUCUUUCUACUCCGAUGAGUCAUUGCAGUACCCGAGGACAGUGUGGAUUCCAUAUCCAAAGGCAGGAGCCGUGAAUCCAACUGUGAAGUUCUUUAUUGUAAAUACAGACUCCCUCAGCUCGACCACUAGUGCAGUUCCCAUCGAAGUCACCGCUCCUGAAUCCGUGGCAACAGUGGAUCACUAUUUGUGUGAUGUGGUGUGGGUUACAGAAGAAAGAAUCUCUUUGCAGUGGCUCAGGAGGAUUCAGAACUAUUCCGUGAUGGCUGUCUGUGACUAUAAUAAGACCAACCAAGCAUGGAACUGCCCCUUGGCACAGCAUCAUGUUGAAAUGAGCACUACGGGCUGGGUCGGAAGAUUUAGGCCUGCAGAGCCCCAUUUCACUUCUGACGGUGGCAGUUUCUAUAAGAUCAUCAGCGACAAAGAUGGCUACAGACAUAUCUGCCACUUCCCUAAAGAUAAGAAGCCCAAUCAGGACUGUACAUUUAUUACAAAAGGAGCCUGGGAAGUCAUUGGGAUCGAAGCUCUGACCAGCGAUUAUCUAUACUACAUUAGUAACGAACAUAAAGACAUGCCAGGAGGAAGAAAUCUGUAUCAAAUUCAACUUACUGACCACACCAAUGUGAAGUGCCUUAGUUGUGACCUGGAUGCAGAAAGAUGUCAGUAUUAUUCGGUGUCAUUUAGCAAAGAGGCAAAAUUCUAUCUGCUGAGAUGUUUGGGCCCCGGUCUGCCCCGCUAUUCUCUGCAUCGGAGCGCUGAUCACAAAGAGCUACGAGUCCUGGAAGACAAUUCUGCUUUGGAUAAAAUGUUGCAGGAUGUCCAAAUGCCUUCAAAAAAAUUGGACUUCAUUGUUUUGAAUGGAACAAGAUUUUGGUAUCAAAUGAUCUUGCCUCCCCACUUUGAUAAAUCCAAGAAAUAUCCUCUACUCUUAGAAGUAUAUGCAGGUCCCUGUAGUCAAAAAGCAGAUGCCGCCUUCAGACUCAACUGGGCCACUUACCUUGCAAGUACAGAAAACAUCAUAGUAGCUAGCUUUGAUGGCAGAGGAAGUGGUUACCAAGGAGAUAAGAUCAUGCACGCAAUCAACAGAAGACUGGGAACACUAGAAGUUGAAGAUCAAAUUGAAGCAGCUAGACAAUUUUUAAAAAUGGGAUUUGUGGACAGCAAACGGAUUGCAAUUUGGGGCUGGUCAACAUUCAGCAAACCAGCAAAAGCCCCAUCCCACACAGUGUAUGAAGACGAUACAACCAUAAAAAGAACGAUAAAGAACACAGCCACAGAAUUCCCGUGGUCGAACAUGCGACAUAUGAGUCCGCGCAGUCGAACACUACAAGUCAACCAAGACACACGGAGUUGUCUAGUUUGCACUCCCGCUGCCCUGAUGCUGAGGGCUGAGUGCAAGAUGGGUCAGGGUUGCAGAGAAGUCCUGAGUGAGAACUCAGUGUAUACAGAGCGCUACAUGGGUCUCCCAACUCCAGAAGACAACCUUGCCCAUUACAGGAAUUCAACAGUCAUGAGCAGAGCUGAAAAUUUUAAACAAGUUGAGUACCUCCUUAUUCAUGGAACAGCAGAUGAUAAUGUUCACUUCCAGCAGUCAGCUCAGAUCUCCAAAGCCCUGGUGGAUGCUGGCGUGGAUUUCCAAGCAAUGUGGUAUACGGAUGAAGACCAUGGGAUCGCUAGCAGCAUGGCUCACCAGCAUAUCUAUACCCACAUGAGCCAUUUCCUCCAACAGUGCUUCUCCUUAUAGUAGCACAGCAAGGCUCCUGUAGCUUAUUUAAAAACACAUUUGUUCUCAUUAUCUCAAAACUGCACUGUCAAGAUGACGAUCUUAAUAACGCUCUCAUCGAGAAAUUUCAGGCUAUUUUCCAGUUUCAUACCUGCAGUCCCAAGUAAGAAUGUCUGUCUUCACAACAGAUUAUUACCUUACAGCAAUUUGGAUUUUUCACUCUGUUUUGUUUAUCAUUUAAAAUUAUUUCCACAUCAGCUGCUGAAACAACAAAUAUAAAUUAUUUUUACAAGAGUUCUGCAUAGAUUUCCUGAGAAGAAUUUUUUUUUUUCUUACUAGACUAGUCCAAAUCUUGUUCUCUUAUUUAAGGGGAUGACAAGAUGUGGGCAAUGAUGUCAUUAGGGCAGCAAGGAGAGAAGCGGGGACAGGGAGAGGAGAUCACAGAGUAUGACUAGAAACCCAGGUCCAAGCACACCAACCCAAUCAGGCUACUGUCAGCUCGCCUUGAGAAGUGCUGUUCACUGCCAGACUGGCACAGUUUUCUGAGAAAGACUAUUCAAACAGUCUCAGGAAAUCAUAUAUGCAAAGCACUGACUUCUCAGUAAAACCACAGCAGUUGAAUAGACUCCAAAGAAAUGCAAGGGAAACUGCCAGCAAUGUAAGGGCCCCAGGUGCCAGUUAUGGCUAUAGGUGCUACACAAACACAGUCAGGGUGAUGGGAAAGCAUUGCAAAUGUGCUUUUAAAAAAUCACCGAUGUUUCCGAGUGAGAAGAGGCAGCUUGGAACAUAUCGACUUGCCCUGUUAAAAGUUGAAAAUAUUUGUGUCACAAAUUCUAACAUGAAGGAAUACUUGCAUCAGUUCUUACUUCAUUUCCUUGAGCAUGUUAAUUAAAAUAUUUUAACCUCAUUGGCUUUUUAAUGGAA